UGCGCCUGCCGUAACCAAUGGGCAAAUGCCCCUUAUCCUUCCUUCUAACCAUCCCCGUUUGUUUUAGCCAAUAGUAAUGCGGCAAGCUCGGCCAGGAAGUGAAUUCCGCCAAUCAUCUGUGCCAGGUUUCUAGUGUUUUCUGUCCCUUCCCUUUAUGUAAAAUGACUAAAUUAGGAUUUUUGCGUCUGUCCUAUGAGAAGCAGGACACUCUCCUCAAGCUCCUCAUCCUGUCUAUGGCAGCAAUUCUCUCCUUCUCUACCAGAUUGUUCUCGGUUUUGAGAUUUGAAAGUGUCAUUCAUGAGUUUGAUCCGUAUUUCAAUUAUCGAACAACAAGGUUUCUUGCCGAGGAAGGAUUUUAUAAUUUCCAUAACUGGUUUGAUGAUCGAGCAUGGUAUCCAUUGGGAAGAAUUAUAGGAGGAACAAUCUAUCCAGGUCUGAUGAUAACCUCUGCAGCAUUCUACCAUAUUCUACACUUUUUCCACAUCACUAUUGACAUCCGAAAUGUUUGUGUAUUCCUUGCUCCACUCUUCUCGUCUUUCACCACCAUAGUCACUUACCAUCUGACAAAAGAGCUGAAAGAUGCUGGUGCAGGCCUUUUGGCAGCAGCAAUGAUAGCAGUGGUGCCUGGCUAUAUAUCACGUUCUGUGGCUGGAUCCUAUGAUAAUGAAGGUAUUGCCAUUUUCUGUAUGCUUCUAACUUACUACAUGUGGAUUAAGGCAGUAAAGACUGGUUCAAUCUAUUGGGCAGCCAUGUGCGCUCUAGCAUAUUUCUAUAUGGUCUCCUCGUGGGGAGGAUACGUGUUUCUGAUCAACCUUAUACCACUUCAUGUCCUGGUUUUGAUGCUUACCGGAAGAUUCUCUCAUCGAAUUUAUGUGGCUUACUGCACAGUUUAUUGUUUGGGCACCAUCCUCUCCAUGCAGAUCUCCUUUGUUGGAUUUCAGCCUGUCUUGUCAUCUGAGCACAUGGCCGCCUUAGGAGUUUUUGGCCUGUGUCAGAUCCAUGCUUUUGUAGACUACCUGCGGAGCAAGCUCAAUCCUCAGCAAUUUGAAAUUCUUUUUAGGAGUGUGAUUUCACUGGUUGGAUUUGUUCUUCUCACUGUCGGAGCUGUCCUCAUGCUGACCGGCAAAAUAUCCCCAUGGACUGGUCGUUUCUAUUCCCUUUUGGAUCCUUCUUAUGCAAAGAACAAUAUUCCAAUCAUUGCUUCUGUAUCUGAGCAUCAGCCCACGACAUGGUCUUCUUAUUAUUUUGAUUUGCAGUUACUUGUCUUCAUGUUUCCAGUUGGUCUGUAUUAUUGCUUCAGUAAUCUAUCUGAUGCCAGAAUUUUCAUUAUCAUGUACGGUGUGACCAGUAUGUACUUUUCUGCAGUCAUGGUGCGUCUGAUGCUGGUUCUUGCCCCUGUUAUGUGUAUUCUUUCUGGCAUUGGGGUUUCUCAGGUAUUAUCCACUUACAUGAAGAAUCUUGACAUUAGCCGUCCUGAUAAAAAAACAAAAAAGCAACAGGAUUCUACAUAUCCCAUCAAAAACGAAGUUGCCAGUGGCAUGAUCCUGGUCAUGGCUUUCUUUUUGGUCACUUAUACAUUCCACUCUACAUGGGUGACAAGUGAAGCUUACUCCUCUCCCUCUAUUGUUCUGUCAGCCCGUGGUGGAGAUGGUAGCAGGAUCAUCUUUGAUGAUUUCAGGGAGGCUUAUUAUUGGCUCAGACACAACACCCCUGAGGAUGCAAAAGUAAUGUCGUGGUGGGAUUAUGGUUACCAGAUUACAGCAAUGGCCAAUCGAACAAUCCUCGUUGAUAAUAAUACCUGGAAUAACACACACAUUUCCAGAGUAGGCCAGGCAAUGGCAUCCACUGAAGAAAAAGCCUAUGAGAUUAUGAGAGAGCUGGAUGUUAGUUAUGUCCUUGUUAUUUUUGGGGGCCUCACAGGAUAUUCAUCAGAUGAUAUCAACAAAUUUUUGUGGAUGGUAAGAAUUGGAGGAAGCACUGACACUGGUAAACACAUCAAAGAGCACGAUUACUACACUCCUACUGGAGAGUUUCGUGUAGAUAGAGAAGGAUCUCCCGUUCUGCUCAACUGCCUUAUGUACAAGAUGUGCUAUUAUCGCUUUGGUCAAGUCUACACCGAAGCCAAACGCCCUCCAGGUUAUGACAGAGUGAGAAACGCAGAAAUCGGCAAUAAAGAUUUCGAGCUUGAUGUUCUAGAGGAAGCUUACACCACAGAGCACUGGCUUGUCAGAAUAUAUAAAGUAAAAGAUCUGGAUAAUCGAGGGUUAUCAAGAACAUAAUUUUUUUUGCCUUCAGCUUUAAUACAAACAGCACUGAAAGAGCCUUCACCUGUGAACCAGAAGAUUUUUUUUAUACUGUUUCUAUUGACGGAAAGAAAGAACUUAUUUGGCUGUGGAAGUCACACUGGUUGCUGUCGAUGUUGGGUGGAAUGCUUUUUAUGAAUAUGAAUGCUACCAAAAUGAUUUUUUUGUUGUUCUGACUUUACCGUGGUCAAUUAAAGAUGGGGAAACAAA